AUGUCUGGAAGUUUUCCUAUCGUCGACAAUACCGCUGGCGUUUACGAUGUUAUCACCCACCUGGACGAGGAGAUCGACUAUAUCAUGAGGUCAAGGUCUAUUUUCGUCAAGGCCAUAUUUAUAUUGUGUCGCUACCUUCCUUUCGUUAUUGGAGCUGUGCGAAUCUAUGAAGUCGUCGGGGAAGGUUAUAUCGACGAUAAUUUUUGCCUGGUAUUGAUGCGCUCAAGCAUCUGGUUAUCUUUCCUGCAGAUGGCUUGUGUUGAAUUUAUUUUCAUCUUGCGAACUUAUGCUCUGUGGGGCUGCAGUAAACGGGUCCUUAUUUGUCUUUUAACUGCUUAUCUGGCUACUUAUGUCACGGGUCUCGUCUCUCUCCAAAUGUACACUGGGGCUCUCCCUGCCGGCAGGUUCAACCCUCAUUUUAACACCGAGGCGUGUUAUGGAUCAGAAAACCCAGGCGCAUUGUGGCUCCUUGUGAGCUUUGUGGCUUUGAUUAGCCUAGAAAUAGGAUUGUUUGUAAUGAGCAUGCAUCGUGUUCUACGUCAAUACCGCGCUGCUUCAGGACAACUGCUCAAAUCGUUGGUGCGAAAUAAUAUCGUGUAUUUCGGAGCCAGCGUCGCUCUGAAUAUCCUCAAUAUCGUCGGCAUCUUGCUUAUUCCCGUUGCGACAUGGCCUACUGGUAUUAUGGAAAUCGCACAGAUUCUCUUCCAGGGCUUGCUUGCAACACGCAUGCAACUUGACCUUUGGAAAGUUGACCGUCGUAGAACGACAUUGACGAUGGUCACGAUGUCAAUGGCAGAAUUCGCAGCUGCGAGGGCCGAGUCUACGGUCUAUCAAAGCAUGCACUAUAGCAGGAAAUUGAUUCUGGACAAAGCGUGCAGGAUUUGGAAGUUUGAUUGGAACUCUCACCUCCGGCACUCAGGUUUCAAUAGAUGGAAUGUGCUAUUCAAAAGCAGAGGCAACGUGCGGCCAUACAUUCCUUUGCAACACUCGGCCGAGCAUCAAGUUAUUCCACAACGCCGUUACAGUUCACCCCCGCGACCACCGGCCUGGCCACCAGUACGCUUUAGUAGGGUUGGCGAGGUCAUGCGGGCGGCGGGGGGCACAGUGACAGGCCUAUUGAGUCGCUACAUGCACAUUGUCGAUCGAAGUCACCAACCAAGAAAACUCGCGGCGAAAUGCGCACGGAACAUUAUUUGA